AUGAUACCUGGUGUUGCGUGGUGGUCAACCAAAAAGCCCAUCGAAGUGACAGACGCAAGCGAGAUGGAAAGUGAUGAAGAAGAAACAGAGAGUGAAGAGGAGAUGGAAAGUGAUGAAGAAGAAACAUACAGUGAAGAUGAGAUGGAAAGCGAUGAAGAAGAGGACGAAACUGACAAUGAAGAGAGUGAUGAUGAACAAGCAGACAGUGAGGAGGAAGAGAGUGAUGAACGGAGAGAAUACAAUCGAAUCAUUUACCAACUAACACAUGGCAUGAAGACACUACGAUCAGACCCAGAUGAAGAAGGUUAUUGUUACGUUGAGCAACGAAUCAUCUUCUUGUAA